UCUCUCCACCAUUUCGCUGCGUAAAGUCUCCUCCCCGCGACCGCUACAUUCUGCGCCGAAACCCCAGUCUCUCCCGGUCCGUAUUUUAACUUCUUCCCACAGACCUAGUGGUACCUCGUUGGGUACCGGGAGACAGUUUGGAUUACUGGCAUUCCGGAUUGAGUGCGAUUUUGCGCGGAUGACGACUCCUUCAACGAGAAUUUAGUAAAAGAAAAUCGCUCGGAAAUUUCAGAAUAUGUGGAAGGGACCCUAAUUUCAGCAUCCUGGAAGUAGAAAGCACAGAAGAUCUGUGUCUCACACCACAGACAGGUGCAGUGUGUAGCCGGGGCAGCACAGAGGAAGGACGCUCUGUGGAGGAGGCGGUGCGGCAGCGUGCCCCUCCGGCUGUACUGGAUGUGCUGGGUGGAGACCCCCAGGCUGCACAGAAUGUGGCUGGGGAGUCGCCUCGGCGUGCCCCGCAGCCGGUCGCAGCUGCCCCCCGCCCGGUCCCUCCGUUCACCAAUCUGUCCACUGUGCCACCGCCGGAGAGCAACGACUCAGCGUUCCUCGGCAUGGAGAGUGCCCCUCAGACUGAGACUCUCCCGAUCAGCAGCGACUCCACGGACGGCAUCUCAGAAGAAGUCCACGCUGAGGAUCGCGUCGUCGGAGUUUCGGGAUCCUUGCCGGCGCCCAUCGAGGACUGCAGUUCCUCUGCUGGGAUGCAAAGGGCUCCAGCUCCCCUUUGUCCCCCUCUCGCCCCAGAUACACAGGUUGACAGCACAGUGCAAGAGUUGCAAUAUGGGUCACAAACUGAUAAAGAGAAAAGCCCCUCAAAUAGUCAGACAAACCAGAUUCAGCCACCUAGAGAGGGGGCUGGACUUGUGGUUGUUACGGGGACUAAGGAGAAACAGUCCGUCUUGUUGGAAUAUAAACCAGAGACUGGAACAAUCGUGGAACUUGGUGGAAAAGAGCACACAGGCGGAAAUAUUCUCCUUAAACCCAAAUCUCAAAUCCGUUUCACAGCCUCAUCUCCUUCUGUCCCACAAUCAAGUGUUGGUUUCAGAGUCCGAGACGCCACAGAACACGGGGCUCUGGAGCCGUCAGACAGGGGCCCCUCCGCCGUGCCUCCGCCGGGCGCUGCGGUGCAUGCUGGGGGUCACCAGGACUCAAAAUCACCUCCGCUCCCUUUACCCUCAUCGGGCACCAGUGAGAUUAAACAAACUGACCUGUCAAAACCUAAAAUUAUCAAAGAGAUCUCAACUGAUGCCGGAGAGUUACAAAAAGCAAACUCCUUGGAAUCAGUUGAGAUGUUUGAGCGCGUUGACACUUCUCUCAAAGAAAGACAACCUCCCUCAGCUGAAAUACUUGAGACCAGAAAAGCAAGAGAACCACUUCCUGGAUUAUUCGCUUCUCCUGAGAAAGGAUGCUCGGUGUCCAGCAGAGGAGACGGCGACAUCCAGAGGAGCCGCGAUCAACUCGAAGGAGAGCGGUUGGAGAGUAGCGUGAGGGAAGAACAAACUGACGCCUCCUCGUCCGACUUCACAGUGCUGCCAGAGGGCUCCUCCACACGGGAGAGUUCCUCAAAACCCUCUGCUUCGCCGCUCCUGUUGGACACGUGCCUGGUCGUCGAAGCGGAAACAUCUCAUCGAUCCGACCAAGUCACGGAGACGCCGCCACCGACUGCCGAGCUUGUGCAUUCAGCCGAAGCUCAAGAAAUCGUUGUCGUCAGAGAGGAGGCUCACAUCAGCGGGGACUGGACCAACAUGCACCUGAAUCAGAGUUACCUCCUGCAGCGGGAAGAUGGCAGCGUCUGUGAAGCCGCCAUUGUUCCAUUGAGUUCCGAGCUCUCCGCCGGGGAACCGAAGCUGUACGAGGAAAGUGUUCAUGCGGCCAUAGAGUUGGACUCGCAGCGUGUUGAGGUGUACCAGUUUUGCACCCUGGUGGAGGAGGUUGCAGAGGAGACGGUGUGCGCCAGUAGCAGCGCACAGAUGCCUCACUCUCCAGGAUACGAGGUGAACUUAUUCAACGCGCUGCUCGAACACUCGGAAUACACCGUCAAAGAGGACCUCGAACCAUCUAUUCACACAAUUAACGAAGGUGGCACCGUCAUUAUUUCCCAGCAGCCCUUGCCUGUAUCGAACGAUGCAAGCAGUAAUUCCCAUAAUUUCUCCGUACAAACCACGAGAGCAGCUGCUGUCGGGCAGCAUUUGGUAUUAGAAGCUGAGCGAGCUGUCGAAGUGGCCAACUCAACGGUUUGUUUCCUUGGAGUAGCCGCUGUCGCAUCCGACUCAUUCGCUUUAGAACAAACAGUGACGCCACAGGUCAGUGUGGCCCUGUCGGACCGAACACAGGUGAGUGAUUCUCCUGUAGUUCAAACGAUUCACCCAAAACAGGACGUGGCAGCGACAGCUGGAGCGCUAUCUUUCAUAUCCCCGGUGGUUACCGGCGAGGACGCGAGGACGAGCUCAUCUGCUCAGCCCACUCUCAGUCAGACUGUUGUAAGUGCCACAAAGCGUGAGGCCUCUGGUUCGUCACGCGAAGGGACCAAGGUGGCCCCUGCUUUGACAGAGACGCCAUCACGGAGUAUCCAGAAUGUUGCUGUGCCCACGAAAACCAAACCAGAGGCUCUCUGCACCACCCGCCCCUCUGGUGUUUUAAAUCCAAAGCUGCUCCUUUUCAAACCGGGAGUGACUCCCGUCCUGAAACACCCUCCCUCCCUUUUGGCAAAGGUGUCCAAGCGACAGAAUGCGGCCGGCGAGCUGGCCAAUGCCCACAUCUCUUGGUCUGGCACCGCGUCUGAGGAGUGCCUUCCCCAAACUGUCUCGGACUCUUUAUGUCCGUCUGUGGCUCUCGGCGGCCAGAAGGAUCAGACGCAGCGCUUCGUCAAUAAAGCUUCUCCGCCUGUCGAGGUGCAGCAGCCCGUCUUGAGUGGUGACUCGCUUCAUCUGGACCAGACCGCAUCCAUCUCCCCCACAGCGUCAACGAGCAGAUCUGACAACGAGGCCUUAACUGUUACUAAAACUUCAAGCGAAGUAGAUGUCGUCGUCCCUGCAGGUGCUACUACGCCCAACGCCCUUUAUGUGCUCUCGGCAUCAGUGGAGAGGGAAGGCGCAGUCACGGCGUCCACCGGGAUCAGCGACUCCCUCUACGAGGAGGAAGAGAGCGAGGACAUGGAGCAGGACGAGGCGACGGGAGAAGCCGAGGCGCAGGAGGUCACUUCAGGACAGAUCAGCAGUCCAGAGGAAGGCAGCGACGAGGAACCGGAUGCCGACAAAACAGAAGGCGAGAUGACCCCCGGCUCUCCAGACAAGCAUGGACAGAGCAGGACAGACAGACAGACACUGUUCCUCAAGGUACGCCAGUGGAUAGCGGACAGGGUCACGGCGAAUUCGUCUCCCGUCUCGCCCUCGACUUCCUCUUCGUACCCCGGCCCCUCGCCCUCCAGCGACUGGUCCAGCCAACGGCGGGACAAGUCCUCUCCUCUCCGGGGGCCUCAUGGGAAGUUUGUCUCUCCUACCACUGUCGGCGGCUACAGUUCCCCCUCCUCUUCCCCGCCGGAUCAGGUCACUCCUCAGCGACCCCGUGGAGAGCGCCGCACAGACAUGGCAGAGCAGGCUAAACAUGAAGCGGACAUCGAGCACCGGACCCAGUCACUGAAGCGAGAGGGCUUCUGGUCCACGAAGCGUCUCACCCGCCUGACGGAGCCGCCGCGACCCAAAGUGCACUGGGACUACCUGUGUGAGGAGAUGCAGUGGCUCUCCGGAGACUUCGCUCAAGAGAGGCGGUGGAAGAGAGGGGUGGCUAGAAAGGUGGUACGAAUGGUGAUGCGACACCACGAGGAGCUGAGGCAGAAGGAAGAAAAGGCCAAAAGAGACGAGCACUCUAAGAUCAGGAGGGUUGCCUCUUCUAUUGCAAAGGAGGUCCGGGCUUUCUGGAGCAGUGUGGAGAAGGUGGUUCAGUACAAGCAGCAGUCCAGGCUGGAGGAGAAGAGGAAGAAGGCUUUGGACCUUCAGCUGGACUUCAUUGUCGGCCAGACGGAGAAAUACUCGGACCUCCUCAGCAAGUCGCUGGCACCCAGCAGGCCUGCUGAACCGGAACCGGUUCCUCAGACUCCCAAAACAUCUGGGCCACCUGCCACUGAUGAGGAUGACAGAGACUUUGAGCCUCCCUGUGAGGAGGAGGAUGACGAGGAGACUAUCGAGGUGGAGGAGCAGCAGGAGGGCAACGACGCCGAGAGCCAUCAGAGGGAGAUAGAGCUGCUGAAGGAGGAGGGCCUGCUGCCCCUGGACCAGUUACUCAGCACCCUCAAACUGCCUCAGGAGGCGGGCUCAGAUGAAGAAUGCUCUGAUGAAACCUCUUCAUCGGUGGAGGAGGCAGAGGAAGACGGUGAAUUCACUGCUAAUGAAGAGGAUGCUCAGGAUGAGGAGGACACCAUCGAUGCUCAGGAGAAGGUCGAGGGAAACAUGGACCACGCAGAGGAGCUGGACGACUUGGCCAAAGAAGGCGACAUGAGCGUUGAGGAGUUGCUGGAGAAGUACAAAGGAGCGUACGCCUCAGACUUUGAGGCUCCGUCUGCAUCUGGCUCCAAAGACAGCUCUGAUUCAGAGGUGUCUGGGGAUGAGGAGGAGGAGACUGAUGAAGAUGAGAGCGACGUGGAAAGCAACAGUUCCUCCUCCGAUUCACAAGGAGACAGCGGAGAAGAGGACGACAGUGGGAAUGACAAGGAGGAGAGUGAGGAGGCAGAUGAUGGCUGCGGGGAUGAAGGGAUGGAGGUCUUGCUGAAGGAGGGAGACACCAGCCCACCUUCCGCCACCUCACGGCCCAAGAAGGAGAUCAGCCACAUUGCUGCGACUGCAGAGAGCCUGCAGCCUAAAGGCUACACGCUGGCUACGACGAAGGUCAAGACCCCCAUCCCGUUCCUGCUUCAUGGCACGCUCCGAGAAUACCAGCACAUUGGACUUGACUGGCUGGUCACCAUGUACGAGAAGAAGCUCAACGGCAUUCUGGCUGAUGAGAUGGGUCUGGGCAAGACCAUCCAGACCAUCGCUCUGCUGGCUCACCUCGCCUGUGAAAAAAGUAACUGGGGCCCUCACCUCAUCAUCGUCCCCACCAGUGUGAUGUUGAACUGGGAGAUGGAGCUGAAACGCUGGUGUCCCGGGUUUAAGAUCCUCACUUACUUCGGCAGCCAAAAGGAGCGAAAGCUGAAGAGACAGGGCUGGACGAAGCCUAACGCUUUCCAUGUGUGCAUCACUUCCUACAAGCUGGUGCUGCAGGAUCACCAGGCGUUCCGGCGAAAGUCUUGGCGCUACCUGAUCCUAGACGAGGCCCAGAACAUCAAGAACUUCAAAUCCCAGCGCUGGCAGAGCCUGCUGAACUUCAACAGCCACCGGCGACUGCUGCUGACAGGAACCCCUCUGCAGAACAGCCUGAUGGAGCUGUGGUCUCUGAUGCACUUCCUCAUGCCCCACGUCUUCCAGUCCCACCGCGAGUUCAAGGAGUGGUUCUCCAACCCGCUGACGGGCAUGAUCGAGGGCAGCCAGGAGUACAACGAGGGCCUGGUAAAGAGGCUCCACAAGGUGCUGAGGCCCUUCCUGCUCCGGAGGAUCAAGAUCGACGUGGAGAAGCAGAUGCCCAAGAAAUACGAGCAUGUGGUGCGCUGCCGGCUCUCCAAGAGACAGAGAUUCCUCUACGACGACUUCAUGGCACAGGCCUCGACCCGGGAAACGCUGGCCAGCGGUCACUUCAUGUCUGUGAUCAACAUCCUGAUGCAGCUCCGCAAAGUAUGCAACCACCCGAACCUGUUCGACCCCCGACCCAUCCAGUCCCCCUUCAUCACCAAGCCCAUCGUGUUCCACACAGCCUCCCUGGUGCAGGACCCCCUGGAGGUCUCUCCUCUGAAGCGCUGCGAUCUUUCCAUGUUUGACCUCGUUGGUCUGGAGAGCCGUGUGUCUCGGUACGAGGCAGACGUCUUCCUGCCGCGCCACAAGGUCAGCCGCCAGCUGAUCCAGGAGGUCCUGGAGUCCCCUGAACCCCCCCCGAGACCCAGACCAGUCCGCAUGAAGGUCAACAGGAUGUUCCAGCCGCCUCCUAAGAGUGAUAGUCGACCGGUCCUCCUGAUGAACAAACCGACCUGCUCAGUACCUCCAGCAGCACAGACCCCCAAACCUCCUCCAGUCACCGAGGUCUCCUCAGCUCCUCAACCUGCUCCUGUCGUCCAGCAAGUGGUGUGUACAGUAUCAACCGCCGCCCCUCCUCGCCCCUCCAUGCAUCCUACCGCUCAACUUGCAGUGCGCUCCGGCGCUCCAAAGCCCGUGCUGACCGUGCGGCCUCCCACUGCCUCCUGCGUAGCCGGCAUCUCGGCUCACCCGAGCCCAAACCCCGGCAGCGUGCUGCCCCAGAGGGUUCUGCUCAGUCCGGAUAUGCAAGCGAGGUUGCCUUCUGGCGAGGUAGUGAGCAUAGCCCAGCUGGCCUCCCUGGCGGGUCGACCUGUGUCGUCGUGUCAAGGCAGUAAACCUGUCACCUUCCAGCUUCAGGGCAACAAGCUGACUCUGUCUGGAGCACAGAUCCACCAAGUCCCAGCAGCUUCUCCACGCCCAGUUCAAGGUAAUGUGAUGCACCUGGUGUCCAGCGGGGUGCAGCACCACCUCAUCAGCCAGCCUGCCCAGGUGGCCAUCACGAGCAACAUCACCUCUACUGUUCCACCUGCCAAUCGACUGCCUCACAAUGCCUCAGCGCAAGUGCCCCCCACCAUGGUGAGCUGCCCCGGUGUCGUGAAGAUCGUUGUGCGUCAGACAGCAGGCAAGGACGGCGGGCCCGUGCCCACGCUGGCAGUGGCCCCUUCCCCCCGCGUUGCUCCUCUGACAUCCCCUUCCCUGCACCCGCACGCCAACACAACCCCUGUCAGAAACACCGCUCCACUGCAGAUUGCCCAGCGCACCCCCGGUCCCGCCACUGCCCACUACACCAUAGCUCCUCCCGGAAACCCUAGCUCGACCCCCAACCAGCCCCACCCCCCUCGCCCUGUCCUCAAAGUAGUGCAGCCUCCUCCAUCGAGCUCAGAGCAGCCAGCUCCAGUUCCGGUGGCCUCCUCGUCCUCUGCGUCCAAGUCUUCAGCAGCACCACGUGACGGCGGCGGCAGCAGCAGCCAAACACCAGUGACAACAAAGUCGAGGCCCAGUGCAGGUGUUAAAGCCUUCCCUCCACGCAGGAGGGUUCCUCGGCCUCCUCCUCGCUCUCCUUUCCACGUGAAGUGGCUAGCAGACAGCCACAAGCAGCAGCGUGACAGCCGACUGGACUUCAUCAUCCGGGUCAACGAGAACCACUGCGCGGCGAAGCCCAUGUACGGCCGCGAGGUUUUGGACUUCCUGACCUUCCUCCCCGGCCCCCGGCCCUCGCCGGCCGCCCUGCGCCCUCAGAGGGAGUGGAGUCGCUCGGGCCACAGCAGCACUCUUUACUCGCAGUGGGAAAACGAAUCCGACUUCUGGUUUCAGAGUCGUGCCGUGAGGGAGGCCAUCCAACGCAUUGAUGACAGGCUGCAGCUGCUCAAUACCAUCAUAGACCGGUUUACAUUUGCGAUUCCCCCAGUGGAGGCUCCUCAGAUCUCCAUGCACUGCUGCCAUCCUCCUCCCUCGCUGAGCCACAAGCAGGCAGUCUUCUCCUCCCUGCUGUCGACUCAAGUCACUCCGCGUACUCGCAGUCUCCAUCGAAUCCAGUGUUACAUGAGGACCCAGUUCCCAGACCUGAGGCUCAUCCAGUAUGAUUGUGGUAAGCUGCAGACUCUGCACACUCUGCUGAGGAAGCUGAAGACGGGAGGCCACAGAGUGCUGAUCUUUACUCAGAUGACGCGAAUGCUGGACGUGCUGGAGCAGUUCCUCAACUACCACGGACACAUCUACCUCCGUCUGGACGGCAGCACCCGUGUGGAGAUGAGACAGUCCCUCAUGGAGCGCUUCAACGCAGAUCGGCGUAUUUUCUGCUUCAUUUUGUCGACUCGCAGCGGAGGCGUCGGCGUGAACCUGACCGGGGCCGACACGGUGGUGUUCUACGACAGCGACUGGAACCCCACCAUGGACGCUCAGGCGCAGGACCGCUGCCACCGAAUCGGCCAGACCAGAGACGUCCACAUCUACAGGCUGAUCAGCGAGCGAACAGUGGAGGAGAACAUCUUGAAGAAAGCCAAUCAGAAGAGGAUGCUGGGAGAUAUGGCUAUCGAAGGAGGAAACUUCACCACGGCCUUCUUCAAAGAGCAAACCAUCCGAGAUCUGUUUGAUAUGAACGAAGGGGAGAAGAGGGAGGUGGCGGUGGAGCUGUCGGUGCCUCAAGUCGAGGAGGAGGAGGCUGUCAACAAACAGAGCACCACCAUUCUGGAGCAGGCUCUGUGUCGAGCAGAGGACGAGGAGGACAUAGUCGCCGCCUCUCAGGCCAAAGCAGAGCAGGUGGCAGAACUGGCGGAGUUCAACGAGAACAUCCCGCUGGAUGAUGGAGGAGAACAAGAGGAGGUGGAGGAACUCUCAAAGGCCGAGCAGGAAAUCGCUGCUCUGGUGGAGCAGCUCACUCCCAUUGAACGCUACGCCAUGAACUUCCUGGAGGCCUCGCUAGAAGACGUAUGCAAAGAGGAGCUGAAGCAGGCGGAGGAGCAAGUGGAGGCUGCUAGGAAGGGCCUUGACCAGGCCAAGGAAGAGGGCCUAAAGCUCCACGCGUCAUCCGAAGAGGACGACGAUGACUUUUCGUCAACGCCUGCUUCUGUGGAGCCUGCUCAGCCAGCCCGCCGUGGCCGUAAACCCAAGGACAAGGACAAGAUCGUCACCUCUACCAGGACCAGUGGUCGUCUGCGUGGGGCCUCGCCCGAACCUGAGCCCGAGCCCACUAGAGAGGUGCCUGAAAGACUCCGCUGUGGUCUGAGAGGACGAGGGGCUGUCAAAGACACUACUGCUGUGUCUACCACCCCGUCCCACACAGACCAUCACAAAACCUCAUCAACCAAGCUUCAAGAUUCCUCCAAACUUUCUCCUGCCAGAGAUCACCAGACCAUCAAAACCAGGACUCCGCCAAACCGCUCCAAUCCCAGUCCAGGCCCUUCCCCUCCUACAGCCUCUCCCCCCGGAGGGAAACCACAGUGUGUUGGGGAGACUGACGGCAAGACCUUCAAAGCCUGCAGAGAGGACAAAGAGGGGGAGAACGAGAGGAGGGCGUCUGAGUCAUCGCUAGAAUCCAGCUGCCCGGUGGACCAUCAGGCAAAACAUGACGUCAAAGACCACAGCGCCAUGUCUCCCCCGUCCACCAGCUCCCGAUCGCCUCGCAAGCGUCAGUCAGCCGACUGUGAAGUCCUGCGGGGCCUGGUUGAAGACUCUCCGUCGGCCAAAGUCCUGCGGAAGCUUCCGGGGCGGCUGGUCACGGUGGUGGAGGAGAAGGAGCCGAGACGGAGGAGGCGGCGAGGAAGCGGCACUGGAGGUGGAGCUUCUUCAGAGGAGGCAACCGUGGAGGAGAACACUGCCGGCUUCGUCGAUGAAACAAACAAAGACACAUCGCCAAGCCCCGACAACAAAAGCAAAGGGGCCCUUACCAAAUCUCCUCAGGACCAGGAAUCUACUCCUAGUCCGGUUGUGCACCUGCCGCCUGUCAGAAGUUAUCCUCCAUAUUCUCCAGCCCAUCAUUCUCCGGACAUGCCCGUGCUGAGAAAUCUUCCUGUGCGGCGCAGGUUGGAAACUGAAUCUCGCAUGGCUGCUCAGCUGAUAGAGCAACAGCAGCAUCUGGGCCGAGGAAGGGGAUGGAACCAGUCCAGAAAAACUGACACACCACCAGGCAAAGACGCCACUUCAACAUCCACAGAGUCCAAUUCUCUUGUGACACCUUUGAAAAGAAAAAGGGGCCGGCCCCCGAAGACUCCCCCUAGGUUACCUGAGCCUGACAACACAGUGGCCCCUUCCCCACUGCCUACCUUGCCAAGUGAGGAAGGGAACCCCCCCCUCUCUCCAAAACGUAAGAGGGGUCGUCCUCGCAAAGACUCCACAACCACGCCAGAAACUGCCAGUGAAGGACAGAACUCUAAAAAUGAGAACACCCCUACUGGUGUAUCUGAUCUAUCAAAAACUGAAGCUAGCACAGAGCCAACACCUCUGUCUCCAAACAAGUCGGAGACCCCGAUAGCUGCUGUUGUCACUACAAGUCAGGCAUCCCAGUCUACCAAAGCUGAGGAAACAGACACUAAGACUAAGGUUUCAGCCCUGGCUCCAAAUCCAGCUCAAUCCCCCACAACAACAGAUGAAGCUUCCACACCAGUCGCAGCUUCAGUGCAUGCACCCACUGCACCUGAACCCACUGCACCUGCACCUCUUUCUGUUGUUGCCUCAGCCCAAUGCGUAAGUUCUGCUCUGGCUACAGCUCCAAGUGCAGACCCAGCAUUAACCCAGGUGUCCUGUCCUGUUUCUACGUCUGCUAUUAUCCCAGCCACUGCUACCCCAACUACCACAACUCCUUUGCCACCUGCCAGCACUGUCGCAUCAACUCCUACCGGUGUACAACCAACACUUGUGGUUUCCACUGCUUCUAAAGCGCCAGUAGAACCAAAACCUUCAGUUUCUACAACUGUGAAAUCAACAGGACCACACAAUACCACACCAGCUGCCACGACAUCGACUGUGUCAUCUUCUGUUGUGGCCGUCAACGCAGUUCCCGCAUCAGUUCCCGCAUCAGUUCCCGCAUCAGUUCCCGACACAACGAUUACUUCUAAUGUGAUAUCAAAAACAGUCAGCGUUGCACCAGCAGUCACCACUACAGUGAAAUCAGUCACAACUAAAACUACUGCUGUGAAGGAUUUGCCGCAAGCCUCCGCUCUGUCAUCUACAACAUCUACCGCAGCUAUUGUUACCUCUGCUCCGACUGCCACCCAGAAGGUUUCAGCUUCAGCUUCAGCGACCUCAACAUCUUUCCCCACGACGGCAACAACUGUGACGACGACGGUAAAAACAGUCCAAGCUAGUCCAACUAGCUCGAGCACAGUUCCCACUGCGAGCCCAACCAUGUCUGCUUCUACAACACCAUCAGUAACAACGGUCUCAGUAUCUGCUGCAAGUACAGUUGCAUCUUCUCCAAACCAAGCAAGGACUAAUGUGACAGCUACCAAACCAGUCGCAACCUCACCACCACCAAUGGCUCAAGUGGCCACACAUGGACAGCUAUCUGCUGUUCCUGUGGCCGGCGCGUCCUCGGCAAAACCUUGUGCUGUACCAACCCCAACCUGUAGUCCUUCCCCAACAACGUCUGCCAGUGUAACUACCACAGCCAAGGCUAAGACAGUUACAGCAACUACAUCGUCCCCAACAGAGAAAGUCCAAGAGACGAUCCCUGUAGUAGUAGUAGCAGCAGCAGCAGCCCCUUCCAAAGAACACACAACGUCAACUACCCCGCCCACAACUGCAGAAAAGACAGUCAAGAUCCCACCUCCCGUAACCACUUCUACACCAGCUCCAUUACCGACAGUCACCACAACUACAUCAUCCCCAGAAAAGUCCAUUGCAGUCACUACCACAACCGUUGUCACAGCCACCCAAGCAUCCACUACCACAGCCACCCCUGAGUCAGUAGCAGCUACCACAGCUGCCCCAACCAAAGCCGUUCCUCCGGUUUGCACCACACAAACGUCUGCAGUAAUUCCCCUGCAAGUGCAAAGCUCUGCGUCCAGUGACGUGUCCGCACCAGCCCAGACAGAGGCCCUGCCCCGGACACCCACAUCUGCUUCUUCUAGUGAGUCAUCUGAGAAACCAACUUUAGAGCAAACGCAGAAAGUGUCUGCAUCUAAAGGUGACCUGGACACGGGGACAGAAAUGGAAGUAGAUGCUGUGGAGGAUGGCGCAAGGACCAGCAAGGAGGAGGAGGAUGACAAAAAGGAGGACUCGUGUAAGUCUCAGCCUAAAAGAAGAAGGGUGGAGAGUUCCUCGGAGACCAAAGACCUAGAGUCAGGAAGGGAGGGAGCGCCGCCUGCAGCUGCCCCUCAGAAAGAAGAACUCAAGCAAGAGGAGGUGGAGAAAACUACUGAAGAUCAGAAGACUCCAAUCCAGAAAAGGCCUCUUAGUCGCCAGAGUAGUCAGGAGUCCGCUCGCUCCUCUUCGUCAUCGUCUGGGUGCUCCACAUCGACGCUCACUCGUCAAGCUCACCACAAGAGGACUUACGAGAAUCGACUCCCUACCAAGAAGAGGCGAAUGGACGUCACCUCGGAAACUGGGAAGGAGGAGAAGAACAAAGAGGGCGGGGAGAAGGAGCUCACCGCCGCUACCUCUCGGGGAAGGUGCUCCAGGUCUUCCUCCUCCACCUCCUCGGACUCUGACAACAGUAAGCGCAGGAAGGAGCACCGGUUGACUCGCUCAGCAAAGCACGGGCUACAAGAUCACGAGAAGGAAAAGGGCAACGGCCGGCAUGGAAAGAAAUCUGCGCACAGCAACAGAAAUGCAUCAAACAACGCCAACCCAUCCACGGGUGGAGAGUCGGGCAGUGAUACAUCUUCUGUUCGGGUCACCAGGAAGUCUGCAGGAUCUCAGCCUUCACAAGACAGUAAAGCUCAGACAAACAGCGUGCCCUCGCUGCCUCGUGAGCCCGAAGUUCUGGGGAAGAGGUGCUCUGCACUCAAUGCGGCAGCCAAGCUCCUAGCAAUGAAAGGCAGGGUGGACACCCCCGGCCACACCCUUCGGAGAGACCCUGGUGCUAAGGCCUCCUCCUCUGACAAGAACCAAAAGCUGAAAAGCAAAGGUGUACCAGCCUCCCCUCAGACUAACUCUGUAAAUCUUACCAAUAAUAAAAGCAGUGGCAGCAAACCUUCAACGCCCAACCAGACAAGCCGCUCUGCCUCCCGCUCCACCAGACAGUGCCCCGGUUCUCUAGUUCCACCCAUGGAUUUGGAGUACAAGAGGUCUAGAGCAGAGGAUAAGGAGAGAGGGAGUAGGAAGUCGUCGAGGGGAAAGGAGGGCGAGGCCGAGACGCAGUCCUCGUCCCGGGGCCAUAGCGCCUGCAGCAGCAUGAGCAGUGACGGCGGACGCAGCAGCAGAAGCCGCCGAAGAAGCAGCAGCAGCAGCAGCAGCAACAGCAGCCAGCGAACCCACAGUAUCAGCUCUCAAAACACGGAACACAGGGAGUCCCGCGCAGCCUCCUCCGGCAGCGAGAGGGGUCGCAGCAGAGACAAGCGGGGCCACCACAGGGAGAGUCGGAGGGACAGGAGGUCCCAGAAGCUCUCGCAGGAGGUGACGAGCAGCUCGGGAGCGGAGGGGACGGCGAACAGAGUGCUGCGUAGCGUCGCCGCGCUCGCAGCGGUGCAGGCCAGGUCACCGGCUGCCAGCACCCGCUCCUCUUCUGGUCAACAUCGACACAACAAGACAUGAUCAAGAGUGCCAAAAGGGGUUAAAAAAAUGAAUAAAAAUGGAAGCGGGAAGUGCUGUUGCCGAACACGUUACGAGAGCAUGUCACGACCUCCCCACGGUUGCUGCUUUGUGUGCACUCUUAAUGAAUGCAAGGAGGACUGAGUGCUGCACAAGCCAGGGACCUCCCUGCCUCUUGGGCCCUCUCCCUCAUCCAAUCGGAGCUGGUCCUCUCACCAGCUCAGCCAUUGUCACGCUGGGGGAAGGCUCGGGGAUGUCGGGUAAAAAAAAUUAAAAAAUAAAUAAAAAAUGUGGCGCCACUGUUCGUGCGUCCGCAAAACAGACCGAGAGAUGGUACAGUGGAUAAAUUCACCACUGGGACUUUAGGGGGACAAAGGUGCAAAGGAAAGUUGCUAGUUCACAUUAUGUACUGUAAUCAUUAAAGACUGGAACACUCAGAUCUUCUGUGUUAAGAUGGGAUUAUACGGCGCCCUCUAUUAGGGUCAUAAACGAAACGUCAUCUGUGUGACAUUAAAAACUUAUGAGUGACCAGUUGUAUUGUAAGUUGGAGGUUUUAGAGAGUUUGGUUUUGAUAAAUUUCGUCAGCUGUCCUGACUGUUUCUUUGUAGUCAGUUGAUAAGUUAUGCAUAUUUUAUUAUUUCUUCCAGGGUAUUAGGAGGAGACCAGAUCUGUCAAUGUGAUCUUUGCUGCACUAUGCUGGAGCUUGUCUUUGCUUGCCCCCCCCCCCCCCCCGCAGUUUUCUUUUUGUUGUUUUGUCCGUUUCUGUUCAUCGGAUUCAUUUUUAAAUCCAGCCUUGCAUUUCUCAUUUGCACAUCUGAUAUUGUGGCCCUCGGCUUUUCAGUACAUGGUGUAGUUCUAGAGUUUAACAUCAACUUCAGUCGAUUAAUUGGUUCCUGGUACCUUGAAAAUGUAUUAAUUGAAGUUGCAAAUUGUCUUGGAACAUCUUUUGCUGCCGGUCAGACCUGGAGCAGCAAAACAAGUAAUUUCCCCCCAAAUCUUCCCAAAGGCAGUUAUAGUUGCGGUCCACUUCGUUAUGUAUUUAUAUCAGAAGGACAAGUUGUUGAAAUGAAGAGUGCCUCUUUGGCCAAAUGGGUUUGAACCUCAGAUUGCCUUGUGAAGCACCUGAAGCUCGGGUGUUGAGCUUCUCUCGUUAUUAAAAUAAAGCCAAACAAACGACAAAACCCAGAAUAUCAAGAAAAGCACCGGGUGCAUCAGUGCUGCCGGACUAAUGGUUUCUUUUUCACCCAUUUCUUUUUUUGUCACCAUCACUUCAUGUAAAAAAAAAAAAAAAAAAUGUGAAUAAAAUGACUGGUACAGUUCCAGAUGACUGUAAAUUGUCGAUUUACUUUUGGAUAUUUGGGGGGGGGGGGGGGGUAGUUUAUGGUGAUGGUCUUAUUUUUGAUUUGUCUCUCUCCAUUUGUUGCAUUCCUUUGAUCCCUUGUAAUUCCACAUUGUUUUACUUUAACAAUUAAGACAAUUACAGUUGAAUAAAAAGACCAAAAAUUA